UUCUUUAUAGCUUCCCUUUCUUAGAUGGAAAAGAUUUCCUUCAAUUUAUAUACCAAGCAUGAUAUUGUGGUGUGCUCUGGGUUUUCAAAUCCCUUGUUUUAUACAUAUCCAGAAAUAUGUACUUGGGAGACCAACCUUUAUUACAAAAUCGUUAAUAUUUCAAAUGCUGAUUAUGCCCUUGGGCUGCAUUCCCCAAAUGAUGUUAAAGGACAUUUCAGAUACGGAUGGAGAUAGAAAAAAUGGCAUUGAAACCAUCAGCACCCAAAUUGGUGAAGAAAGAGCAUUUGAUAUUGCUAUCAAAAUCCUAUUAGUAGGAUAUGGUUUUGCUAUGGUAGUAGGGGCUUCAUCAUCACUUUGGUUUGGCAAGCUUAUAGCAAUAUUUGGUCACCUUGUACUUGCGUUAGCGAUUUGGAACCGUUCCCAAAAUACUGAUCCCAAAAAUCCACCGGCAACUCAAUCCUUUUAUAUGUUCUUUUUUAAGGUAACAUCUCUUGAGUACCUCCUCAUCCACUGUUAUCGUUGA